AUGGGAUCUACCGUGCUUCCGUAUAUGGAGACCAAGCCUAAGCUGAUCUUUUUCACCGACUUUGACGGCACCAUCACCGUCGAUGACAGUAAUGACUUUAUGAUUGACAAUCUCGGAUUCGGCCGUGAGGAGCGCCGCAAGUUGAAUGACCAAGUCCUCAACGAGACUCUUGGCUUCCGUGACGCCUUCCGCGCAAUGCUUGAGAGCAUCAAGACCCCGUACGACGAAUGCAUCGAGACUUUGAAGAAGAACAUGAAGCUGGACCCCUACUUUGUGGAGUUCUACAACUGGGCCCGGGACAACAAUGUGCCCAUCGUCAUUCUGUCCUCCGGUAUGCGCCCAAUCAUUAGCGCCCUGCUCGAGAAGUUCCUUGGCCAUACUCCGGGUAGCCAUCUUCACAUCGUCUGCAACGAGGUCAUCCCGCGGGAUGGCAAGGAUAUCAACAGCGAGGGAGGCUGGCAGAUCAAGUAUCACGAUGAUAGCCACUUCGGCCAUGAUAAGUCCCUCGAGAUCAAGCCCUACGCUGCCUUGCCCGAUAGCGAACGCCCAAUUCUCCUCUAUGCCGGUGACGGUGUGUCCGACCUGUCGGCUGCCGCAGAGACCAACCUUUUGUUUGCGAAGAAGGGUAAAGAUUUGGUGACUUUCUGCGAGCGCCGAGGAAUGCCUUACACCACCUUCGAGGACUGGUCCACCAUCUUCUCGACCACUCAAGAUAUUCUUGCUGGCAAGGUGUCGCCCAGCGACGUGGCUGUCAAGGUGAAGAGCGUUUAA